AUGCGAGCAUUUCGAGAGCUCCCGCUCCGUUUUCGCCCUCAGACAAUGACUCCGAGCUGUCAGCUUGACAGAAUCUCAGAUUGGUUCGGACGAAGCUGCCAGGUUCCGGUGAUGCUAUGCUGUUGUCUUGGCUUACGCACAACCGCCAGCACGACGAUGGAAGUCGUCAUCACUUUUUGCUGUGCAUUCUUUCCUCAUUUGGACACAUCAGGCAGGAUUAAUAUGCAUAUUUAUCAUACGACAGACCCAUGCGCCUCGGCCAAUUCCUUUCCAUCACAUCCACAAACUCUCUUCUUUUCUCUUCCCUUUGCCGAGUUCGUGCUGACCGCAGCUUGGUUUGGUUUGGUUUGGCUUGGCCAAUUUCCGCCAGUUUCUGUCAUAUUUACGCUUACCCACGCCCCACCUGAUGGACCAACAGCAAGAUCGCUUGCGUACAUUCGACAUUUGGUGCAGGCCACCGCCAUGUUGGCAGUUGUCAAGACACCUGAAAAGCUGUGGUACUCUUGUCUCUGGCUGUCCUUUCGUCUCGGCCCAAUCGUAUGUCUUCGCAGAAAAGCUCUCUCGGAGACUAUUCACAAACGACCACUGCACGCUCAGACCCUGCCGACCGGUUUUGGAAGGCAUUUUGUCGGUUUCCCCUCGCCGCGUUGCUUCGCUUUCCCGGUCUGGGAAGUUCCACAGCCCGUGUUCAGGUGUGCCCUCGUCAAGACCUCCUACCCCCGUGCGUGCAUCCCUACCGGCCUGCUCUCUUGCAUGACCGGGCCUACAGCUGUUCUCCUCUGCUCUACCGAUUUGCUUCCUCGCGCCACUCUCGCCACUAAUUGCUCCAUGUCAUGGCAGCCUCAGACUGCCGCCUACCUCUGGGCCGAGAAAGUUAGUAUGAUUCACAGACAUUGGCCGGUGAACCUCGUGAGUAGGGCCUUUCUCUCAUUUCCCAAGACAGCUGUGUAG